AUGACAUCCCAGGUCGAUCGGCAGAAUGUUCAGAGGGAGAACCCACCGGUUCGCAGCAUGGCUGAUAGGCUACGAGACAUUACGAGGAUGAACCCUUCUAUUUUCUUAGUGUCUAAGACAUCAGAAGAUCCUCAGGGAUUUGUCGAUGAGGUGCAUAAGAUUCUUGUGGCUAUGGGGGUCACAGAUACUGAGAAGGCUAAGACGUCUUGCUGUCAGCUCAAGGAUGAAAGCCGCACAAAGAGGAAUUUUCAUAACGCUAGGAGACCUAGUCCCCAAGAUCAGGCAGGUCCCAGCCGUGGAGGCCACAGAAACAACUUUUGCGUCUGUGAGCAUCAAAACUUAAAGAAGGGACAACAGAGUUCCGGGAACUCUAAUCCUCUGAGGAGCACUAAACCUAGAAGAGGCAGACCUGAGCCUAAGAAGGGCAAUGGAGGUGAAAUGCAACUUUCCAAGAAGAAUUGUGCUAAGUGUGGCCGUGUUCAUAGUGGAGAGUGCAGACAUGGCACUAAUGCCUGCUUCAGUUGUUGUAAGAGUGGGCACAUGGUCAGAUAUUGUCCACACAACGGAGGUCAGGCCGGAGAUAAUGCUCAGCCUAGGCCUAAUCCACAGGGUGCAGCAGCAACCGAGACUCCUAAGAGGAAUAGGUUCUAUGCCCUGCAGGUACCUGUAGUUUAUGAGUUCCAAGAUGUGUUCCCUGAUGAUUUGCCAGGAGUCCCUCCCCUUCGAGAGCUGAGGAUAUCUUCUUUGGGGGCUCCAGUGUUGUUUGUAAAGAAGAAAGAUCUUAGAGUUGGGGAUGUAGAUAUCCCAAAGACAGCCUUUCAUACCCGCUAUGGUUACUAUGAGUUCCUUGUCAUGUCAUUUGGUCUCAUGAAUGCACCUGCUGAAUUUGGAUAUCAUGAACGGGGUCUUCCGUGA